AUGGCUCAAGUGCUACAGUCUCCAACGCCAACCUCUCAUUUCUCUUCAUCAACCUCUCCUCCUUCUUCUGAUGACACCAUUCUCAUUCUCACCACCAACCAAGAACACCAGCCGUUAUCACUCUCUUCUUCAUCUUCUUCUUUUUCUUCUUUAGCCGUGGCAGUUAACAACAGUUUUUCUGCAGUUACAGAAUGUGAAGCAGAUGGGAAAAAGACACGGCAAGAGCUAUCCCUUUUGGCCAUUCUUGUGACCCUUUUGAGGAAAUCAUUAGUUUCUUGCUCUAGUGAUUCUGCUGCCAUGGAUAUCGGUCACCCGACUAACGUGCGCCAUGUUGCGCAUGUUACUUUUGAUAGGUUCAAUGGUUUCUUGGGUUUGCCUCGUGAGUUUGAACCUCAGCUCCCCACUAUAGCUCCUAGUGCCAGUGCAACUGUUUUUGGAGUUUCAACAGAAUCUAUGAAAUUAUCAUAUGACACAAGAGGGAACAUUGUGCCAACAAUUCUACUACUAAUGCAAAGACACUUGUAUGCUCAAGGAGGAUUACAGGCAGAGGGAAUUUUCAGAAUUAACGCGGAUAAUAAUCGAGAGGAUUAUGUUAGGGAACAAUUGAGUAAGGGAGUGGUUCCUCAAGACAUUGAUGUGCAUUGUUUGGCAGGAUUGAUUAAGGCAUGGUUUAGGGAGCUGCCAAGAGGUAUUCUGGAUUCUUUAUCUCCAGAGCAGGUAAUGCAAUGUCAAACAGAAGAGGAUUGUGUGGAACUGACGAGUCAGCUACCUCAGACCGAAGCUUCGCUUUUGGAAUGGACUAUCAAUCUGAUGGCUGAUGUUGUUCAAGAGGAACAUCUUAAUAAGAUGAACGUGCGCAACAUUGCUAUGGUUUUUGCACCAAACAUGACUCAGAUGGUAGAUCCUUUGAGUGCAUUGAUGUAUGCAGUUCAAGUGAUGAACUUCUUGAAGACACUUGUAUCAAGGACAGUAAAGGCAAGGAGGGAAGCAUUCUGA